UUGGGGCAGGUAGGAGAAGAAGGGCAGUAGCUGCCAACUCCAUCUAUUUCUGCCUGGCACAUCCUAAAGACAAUUAGCAAUGUCUCUUCUCUCAGUCCAUGCCUGGUUUGUGCCGUCCUCUCACUUUCUUUCCAAUUUCUCUCCCUGCUUCCAGGUCUCUCUCAUUGUACGAGCAUCGACUGGCACUCAUUCAUCUCUUUCAUUGAGACAAACAGGCAGCAGGUAUCUCGGAAGCUUGGAACAUGUGAGGCUGCCAACUGUCGCACGUACGGUGCCACCCUCCUGCUGACUCCAUGUCACCGUCGUGUCACACUUCCAAGAAGCUCUGGGUUUGCCCCCCAUUCCUGUGAAGUUCAUCAGGUGCUGCUCAGGCAAGCUCUGCAGUGUGCUGUAUUCGUGCCAAGCCACUUGUACCAAGUACCCACCAAGCCAGCCACAUUGUGCCUCAGUCCCAGAAACCAACACCUUUAGCAUCAUUCCAGUUCAUACCGGGACAUGAUUUUGGUCGCGUGGGGGCUCCUGUUGACCGUGCUUGGCUGCAGUGCAGUGGUGAUGGAGACCUUGCUCCCCCGAGCUGGAGGACCCGCACUGAAUGUGGCCCUGGUUUUUGGGGGCUCCUUUCCAUACUCUGAACUUGUCGGACCUAUGAUGCCAGAAGGCUCCCUUUCCCUCCCUUUGGAUAUCCACACAGUGACUGUGCUUGUGAACGACAGUGGUCCUGGUCCACUUCUGAGACAGCUGUGCCAAGCACUGAGAGGGGCGCACGCCGUGGUAUUUCAGGAUAAUAUUGGCACAGAGGCUGUGGCGCAGAUCCUUGACUUUAUCUCUUCACAGACCCUGGUACCGAUCAUCAGCAUCAGUGGCGGCUCUGCUGUGGUCCUGAGUCCAAAGGAACCCAGCUCCUCCUUCCUGCAGAUGGCAGCUUCUUUAGAGCAGCAGUUGACUGUUAUUCUUAAGGUGCUUGAGGAAUAUGAUCUUGGACCUUUCUCUGUGAUUACCAGUCACUAUCCUGGGCACCGGCUCUUCCUCAGUGCUGUGCGGGCUCUUUGUGAAGCUUUGCAGCCUGGCUGGGGACCACAGGAUGAACUUACAGUAGAGCCAGGUGCUGGCCCCAAAGGGACUCAGAGAGUGCUCCGGCAGGUAUCAGCCCCGGUUCUGUUGCUCUUCUGCUCAAGAGACGAAGCGGAAGAAAUGUUUAUUGCAGCGGGAGAAGCCGGACUCCUGGGGCCUAGUCACAUAUGGGUUGUCCCAAGCUUUACUAUUGGGUCUCCAGACCGUCCUGCCCCUUUUUUCCCUGUAGGAUUAGUAAGUGUGGUGACUGAUGGCUGGAGGAGAAGCCUGCGACAGAAGGUGCAGGACGGGAUAGCAGUGAUUGCUGCAGGAGCCAAGAACUACCUGCAGAGACACGGGGAACUGCCUCAGCCCAGGGGAAGUUGCCUAGCGCCACCGCAUCUGCACGGAAACGACACCCUGUACAGGCAUAUGAUGAACACAGUCUGGAAGCACAGAGAGGUGUCUUUCAAUUCUCAGGGAUAUUUACUGGAUCCUUCCAUGCUGGUGAUAACACUGACUCCCCACCGUGCUUGGGAAGAGGUAGGCCGAUGGGAAAGUGGCAUCAUUCGGAUGAAGUAUCCAGUAUGGCCACGCUAUGGAGCUGGUAACCAGCUUGUGACAGACUCCCGGCACCUGACGGUGGCCACGCUCGAAGAGAGGCCGUUUGUUAUUGUUGAGAGUACAGACCCAGCUACGGGAGACUGUAUCCGCAACACAGUGCCAUGCCGCAAGCAGAGCAACCUUACCCUGAGCAGUUCUGGGGAGCCCUACACAAAGCUAUGCUGCAAAGGCUUCUGCAUUGACAUCCUGAAGAAGCUGGCCCGCACUGUCAAGUUCUCCUACGACCUUUACCUGGUGACUAACGGGAAGCAUGGGAAGCUUGUGCGAGGCGUGUGGAAUGGAAUGAUUGGAGAGGUCUAUUAUCGUCGUGCUCACCUCGCCAUUGGGUCUCUCACUAUUAAUGAGGAGCGAUCUGAAAUAGUAGAUUUCUCAGUUCCCUUUGUGGAAACCGGAAUUAGUGUCCUAGUGUCGCGCAGCAACGGUACAGUGUCCCCUUCUGCUUUCCUGGAGCCGUACAGCCCUGCUGUCUGGAUGAUGAUGUUCGUCAUGUGUCUCUCCGUCGUUGCUGUUACUGUCUUCAUCUUUGAGUAUUUCAGUCCAAUGGGAUAUGACCAAGACUUGAGCAACGGCAAACGGUUAGGAGGGCCCAGUUUUACCAUUGGGAAGUCCUUGUGGCUGCUCUGGGCCCUGGUGUUUAAUAAUUCAGUUCCCAUUCAGAACCCCCGUGGCACUACUAGUAAGAUCAUGGUGCUGGUCUGGGCUUUCUUCGCCGUCAUCUUUUUAGCCAGUUACACUGCCAAUCUGGCAGCCUUCAUGAUUCAGGAGCAGUAUAUCGACACGGUGUCUGGUCUAAGUGACAGGAAGUUCCAGAAGCCCCAGGAACAGUAUCCCCCUUUCCGAUUCGGGACUGUGCCCAACGGCAGCACGGAGAGAAACAUCCGCACCAACUACCCGGACAUGCACAGUUACAUGGUGCGCUACAACCAACGCUCUGUGGAGGACGCCCUCGCCAGUCUAAAAGCAGGAAAGCUGGACGCCUUUAUCUAUGACGCAGCUGUCCUAAAUUACAUGGCCGGGAAGGACGAGGGGUGCAAGCUGGUCACCAUCGGAAGCGGAAAGGUUUUUGCCACCACCGGUUACGGCAUUGCUUUACAGAAGAACUCACGUUGGAAGCGACCCAUUGAUUUGGCCUUGCUGCAGUUUCUUGGGGAUGGAGACACCCAAAGACUGGAAACAGUAUGGCUGUCAGGCAUCUGUCAGAAUGAGAAAAACGAAGCAGUCAGUAGCAAGCUGGAUAUCGAUAACAUGGCUGGCGUCUUCUACAUGCUGUUGGUGGCCAUGGGGCUCAGUUUGCUGGUCUUCUCCUGGGAGCAUCUAGUGUACUGGAGGAUGAGGCACUGUAUGCCCAGCUCUUGUGGAGAGAAAGGGCUGCUGGGUAUCAGCCGGGGUAUUUACAGUUGCUUCCGAGGCGUCGAGAGCCCAUUGCAGGAUUCUCAAUUCCCAGACCCUGAUGUGACAGGGACUCCAGUUCCCGUAAAUGUCCUGAGGGUCUUACAGACAGCCAGGGACCUUGUCUCUUCUUCAGCGGUUGGAGGAUCACUGGAAAAUGCAUCCCAGGCAUUACGUACUUGGAAACAGCGCAGCGAGAGCCUGCAAGCCGCAUUCUCUCUUCAGGGGCCUCAGACUAUUGCAUCCCCUCAUCAUGUGGCCACCAGUCGAAUGAUAGGGAACGUAGGCCCCUCCUUGGCUGUACCUGUCCUUACCCAAUCCCCACGGUCAUUUCAUCCUUCCUAUCCUAUGAUGCCUGAUGGGGACCUGCAACCUCCUGAGAUAAAUUCCUUGCCACCUCAGGACCUUCACCCAGUAUCUCCCAUUUCCCAAAAUGGUGGAGUGAGUGCUGCUGUGCACAUUAGUAACCCAUGUAUCGCUUCCCCACUCCCACAGAGAAUACAGGAAUCACCACAGAGGUUGCCCAACCCUUCUUGCAAAGGGGGAGCCCAGUACCCUGGGGCUUGGUACCAGUCACCUGCUGCUAGACAAGUAAUAAGAAGUCCAUUACUGCCCCGGGAGACCCUUUUAGCUGAAGACUGUGGGAUGCACCCAAGGUGUGUAAGGCCUCUGCACUAUUCUCUUCCACGUUCCUCCCACCUCUGCGCUUUUUGCCAUAGUGGGGGAUGCCACAGACUCCAUCCUUCUUUGUAUUCCACCCCACACACCGAUGCCCCCUUGAGAGGAGCAGUUUCCACGCUGGCAGUGCCCUCUGCAAUGAUGUACAGAGACUCUGGUUCCCUCCUUAACGUGGCCUCUCUUGGAAGGACUGCAUGCUGCUCAAAGAUGGCUAGCUCUAGGUACCCCAUUGGCUCCCCCUCAGGAACAUUUAGGAGUGAAAUCGUAAGGAAUCUCAACCCGGCUGACUCUUGCAGGAGGAUCAGCUGGGAGUCCGAGGUGUGAUUGGGCCAGACCAAGACUUUUACUGACUAUUAAUUCCCUUAAUGGCAAUAAGAUCUGACCUAGAACUGUGUGACUGACCUGCGGCUCAUUAGAAAACCUCAGGUAUGGGAGAGCUAUUCAGGCAGGCAUUAAAUGUAAUGUACAAUGCAUUUAUUAUUUGGGGGUUUCAGUUCUGAUGUGCAAGCAACUAUGUUAUAGGUGGAAACAGACGUAUUUGGCAUUGCAAGAUAAACAGUGAAGUGAUAAUGAUGUGUGGUCUCUCCAA